GAGCGGCACUGGGGCACGUGCCCCUCCCCAUCCCCACGUCGCGCCUCUCUGUCUCCCUAUCUGCCAUGUAUGUAGGCUCACCGCACCAGCCUGCACGUGCUCGCAACCACACCGUUUCACAUAACCUUGCCUCCUCUUUCCGGCUCCCAUCUAAACUGGGGACUGUGGCGCAGGCGCAAGAAAAGUCGCCGACAAGUCGCCGACCCCCCAAUAUCCCCCCCCUUACCCCACCACUUACAGUCGUUUAUGGCCCAGGACGUUUGCGAGGGGACGCCAGAUUCUAAUAGAGUUGGUUAUAGCCAGGGAUGGAUCUCUGCUGGCCGGAUUGUGGAGAUGAUGGAUGGAUCGACUCGUCAAAUCAGCGUCCCACCCCCAUCGUGCCGCCAAGCUCACAGUUCACACGGCCCCUUCCAAACUGUCCCCACAACUUGGCGGCCGGGGUCCCCGCCCUCGUUGGCCAUCCGGACCCCGUCGUCCACCUUUAUAAGACGCGCAGCUGUGAGGAAAGGUAUGCAUGCGUCCUGCUCAGCAGCUGAUGCACAUCUCUGCCGCACGGUCCCCCGCACUACGGGGCUUCACUUAGUCAAAAGCCCAGAUCUCUCGCCGCAUACCAUCCCCGCUGCCCGCGACGCCGGGAAGAGGGGCAACGGAGAAAGAGAGAGAGAGAGAGAGAGAGAGAGUGUGUGUGUGUGUGUGUGUGUACUUUACAGUGUACAUACCGUACAUACCAAGGGAUGGUGCGAUAUAUGUGCGUGUAUCCAGCCACACGUAAUCGUCAUACCCCCGUAUCCCGUCGAAAUCCGACCCAGCGCUGGCAAGGAAAACGCGAGGGCUCCAGUUCGGCAGGCCGUCCCCUUUGCGCCCGUCUGUCCAAUACCCAAGAGCCACAUUCUCGUCCCGAGUCCGGGUCGGUCCUUCAAUUGGUUUCUCUCUCUCUCUCUUGCUUGUGUACUUCCUAAAUUGUCGGUCAAGUGCGGAUGGCUAUGGCUACCGCUCCUGCUCCCGUGGCCGCAACUGCUCUUGCGUUCUGAUAUGGUCCACAGUCUGGAAAAAGUAGUCGCCCUGCCCUCGGUCGCUGCAGUGCAUCCCUGUCUCUCGCAUUCCGCUGCUACUAAGCGGCGAGGCCGAUAUCAUCAUCCUCGUCCCCGCUGAAGCAGCCACCGACGCCGCCUCGUUUUGGUUUAGUCUUCGCCAUCG